AUGUCUUUCUGUAAGAACUGGGCUUCACCAUUUCUGAACAGCUUGUGGUCAGAAACAUCCGAAACCUGGCAAGAGAACCAAGAAGAUUGGAGAAUUGUCGGGACAAACCCAUUCAAGAGGAGAUCGGAAAAUGCAUGCAAAAUAGAACGAAUAAUUACGGAUCUUCCUUCAAAACAGGUGGCCGAAGGUAUAGAAAACUCAUUUAAAUUCAUGUCAAUAACACCCGAAACACACUAUUAUAUUAUACAGUUUGAAAGCAAAAGACUUGAUGUUGCAUUUGUGGAUGCUAAUAUUAAUGUCAAAAAAAAUUCUUAUGUGAUACUGGAAGCUGAUAGGGGAGAAGACUGUGGAGUUGUGGUUGGAGUGACCACAAAGGAUAAACUUGAAAAACUGUUUAAAAGAUAUGAUGACAUCUCUAAUGAAGUCCAACCUAAAAGAAUAUACAGACUGGCUACGCUUCUGGAUCUUGAGGCGUUGGAAAGAAAAAGAAGCAUGCAAGCAAGGGCCUUAGAGUUCUGUAAAGAAAGGGCUAUCCUAGGCGGGUUAGACAUGGAGGUUGUCGGAUGUGAAUACCAAUGGGAUCUCAAUAAGAUUACUUUCUACUUUGCAAGUGAUGAGAGAGUAGACUUCCGAGAAUUGGUGAAGGAGCUUUAUCGAGUAUAUAAGACGAGAAUAUGGAUGUGUGCCAUCGAAAAGUCCAAAAAUAAGUAUUUGAAGGAGCUUAUUGAAUUCUAG